CUGUGAAAAAUUAAAUGUUAUUGUUUGAUAAUGUCAUGUGGGUGUGUGAAAAAAUAAUUUCACCUAAAUUAACUAUUUAAAGUGUGCACUAUAUUUAAAUUAAUAUUUUUCUAAAAUGGAGACUGACGACCCACCAACUGAAUACUUUUCCAGCUAUGAGGAUUUAGAGAUACAUAAACUUAUGCUUGAAGAUGAGCCUAGAACCUCGGCAUAUAGGAAAGCCAUUAUGAACAACAAGAGAUUCUUUAAAGAUAAAGUUGUAAUGGAUGUUGGUUGUGGAACAGGAAUCCUAUCAAUAUUUUGUGCGCAAGCCGGAGCCAAAAAAGUUUAUGCAAUUGAAGCAAGUAAAACUGCAGAACUUGCUAUGGAGAUUGUUAAGGAAAAUAAAUUCGAAGAUGUCAUUGAGGUAAUUCACUGUAAAGUAGAAGACUUAGAAUUGCCUGGCAACACCAAAGUGGAUGCCAUAGUGUCAGAAUGGAUGGGCUUUUACCUGCUGCACGAAGGCAUGCUGGAUUCUGUACUCCUGGCCCGUGAUAAGUUCUUGAAAGAUGGAGGAGAGAUGUUCCCUGAAAGUGCCACAAUCUAUGUUUCCCCUUGUAGUGUGCCAUCAUUAUACAGAAAGUGGGAUAACUUUCAUGGAGUGUCUAUGGUCACUUUUGCGAAACAAUUGAGGAUCUGCAAGUAUAAUAAGCCAGAAAUCAUGAAUGUGCAAGCUGAAGAUUUGAUGGGCUGCGAUGAAGUGGCUCUAGGCUGGGUCAAUUUGAAAGAAGAUACUGUUUCUAAUUUAGAUUCUUAUAGUAUUCAACAUGUUGUAGGUGCCAACAAAGAUGGAAGUUACCAAGGCAUGUGUAUAUGGUUUGAAUGUGUUUUCCCUGAUUUAGAAAAUGAUAGUGAAAAUUAUAAUCCAGUGAGAUUAGACACAGGACCACUCAGUCCACCAACCCAUUGGAAGCAAACAGUUAUUAUUUUACCUGAAGAACAGGAGGUAGAAACUGGAGACCCAAUUGCAUUUGAACUUAAGAUGACUAGAGAUGCUGUAACCACUAGAAGAUAUAACCUGCAGCUCUCACUGCUAGAUGCAGAAGUUAUUGAGCACCCACUGCCUUGCACGUGCGAUCUAACAAAGUGCCUACUUAUAAAGACUUAUAUGCUGCAACACCCAGAGUUGCCUAGUAAAACAGCAAUGGAAACCAAUGGAAUUGAAGACGAGGCUAUUGAUGAUGACGAUAUUGACGAUGAGAAUGAUGAUGGUUGAAUAAAAUGUUGUUUGUUAAA